AUGCGGAUCCAGAGCCAGUUCCCCUUGAGCCUUCUUUCAGCCAUGGCCAACUCGGUGGCUGGCCAAGGCUAUGCCGACAACCAGGUUUCCGUGUCUCGGGAUAGUGCGCUCGUCGCCGCCAACUUCCCCGACGUUAACAUCAAGCUUUGGUCGCCCGCGUUCCAGGAUCCCAAGUCGGUUCCCAGCGGCUUCGCUCAGGGGACGGCGCCUCCGACUGACCAGGAUACCUUAGGUGAAGCCCGCGGCAAGAAGAUUCGCGUCUGGCUCCAAGGCGGCGUCCACGGCAACGAGCCCGCCGGCGACCAGGGCAUACUCGCCUUGCUCGGUAAGCUGGACGCCAACUCGUCCUGGGCGGCAUCCGUGCUGGACAAGGUCGAGAUCCUCGCCCUGCCGCGCUACAACCCGGACGGCGUGGCGUAUUUCCAGCGCCCGCUCGCGACGGGCUUCGACCCCAACCGCGACCACGCUCUGCUGCAGCGCAAGCAAACGCGCGAUAUCAAGAAGUUGCUGAACGAGUUCGAUCCGCACAUUCUUCUCGAUGCGCACGAGUACACGGCGAGCUUUACCUACGGGUCGAGCAAGCAGUGGAUCCAGGCGCAGGAUGUGCAGGUUACCAUCUUCAAGACUCUCGAGAGUAACGGGUUCCGCACGAGUCCUUACUUUACCGCGUCCAGCAGUGGUGACACCGUUACGUUGACAGAACCUAGUUCCAUCAGCCAGGCCGGUCAUAACUCGGCUGGCCUCGGACAGGCGCUUACUUUCCUGACGGAAACGCGCGGUAUUCGCCUCGCCGAUCAGCAUUUCCACCGCCGGGUAGCCGCUGGGUUGCUCGCUGCGGAAACGAUUGUUCAGGUGGCUGUCGAUAACGCCGAUUUAGUCUACAACACCAUUGAGAAUGCGCGCAAUAAGUUUACCCGUGGUACAGACGAUAUCAUCGUGCUCGAUCAAGCUCGCCUGACCGACACCACGAUCGAGUUUAUCGACACGAGGGAUGGUUCUUUGGUCGACGUGCCGUCGUCCCGAGGCGUACAUCUUUUCGGGGCUUGGAGUGAUGUUGCCGAGCGUCUCUCUGUUCUCGGAGUCAAGGUUGAGGUUCUUAAGAAGGAAUUCAACGGCACGGUGGAGGCUCUCAAGGUCGAGUCUGUCUCGCUUGCCUCUAGCAGACACGAGGGUGUGGUCCAUGCCACCAUAACCACGUCCGCAUCAACGCGCAAUGUUAGAUUCCCUCCGGGUGCCUACUACGUGAGCACUCGCCAGAAGAAUGCGGCGUUUGCCUUUGUUACGCUGGAGCCUGAGAAUAUUUCCUCGUUUGCUCGCUAUAACAUCAUUCCCCUCGAUCGCGGCGACGAGUACCCCAUUUUUAGAGUGUAG